CAUUUGUUUCCAUUUCGGCGUUCCUUCUCUGGGUUCUUAGUCCUGAGAUCAGCUAACCACAUAGAGAAAGAAACGGCAGAAUCCCAUGCCAGAAACCGUCUGAACCAUUUUUCCUUCAGAUUUCCGGUGCUAGUUACCGUUUCACACCUGGGCUCUUCAUUCAGAUAGUCCUGUGAGGGUGCAAAUGGGGGCAGAAUGCAAAAGAGCUUUGCUUAAUGAUGAUCCAGGCAGACUUGCUGUUCCACCAGGUUUUGCAUCUCUUACAUCCUUUGUCUUGAGGAAGGAAGAAAAUGGCCAAAAAACUUCCUGCUGGAUGUCUUAUAUGGAUGCAUCCAAAAGAAAUCCAAUGCAAACGAAGGCCACACCUGACAAGGUUGAUGUUGAAAUGUUAAAGAAAUCUGUUAAGAGUAGACCAUGGAUACUCUAUAACCAGAGGAACCAAAUUACAGAGGAAUCUGAUAAGGAUCUUUCCUCUGAGAGUGGCCUUCAGAAAGAGAUAACCCAUGGAUGCCCAAAUAGAAGUAAUUCUCAUAAGAUAAAACCAGAGUUGUUUCAUGAAGAUGCAAAAGCAUACAACCUUGAAGAGGUUCCCAUUUUUUACCCAACUAAAGAGGAAUUUGCUGACACACUGAAGUAUAUUGAGAGCAUACGUCUAAGGGCAGAACCUUAUGGAAUUUGUCGUAUCGUUCCUCCUCCUUCUUGGCAGCCGCAAUGCCUUAUUAAGGAAUCAAAUGUAUGGAAAACCUCUGUGUUUGACACUGACAUUCAACGUCUUAAUAAGCUUCAAGCUCACUCUGUGCAGAGUGAAAGAGCUGAAUUUGAUAAAACUACGAAUGGUUUUGAGUCUAAACCUGGUCCAAAGCAUACUCUUGAAACAUUUAAAAAACAUGCAGAUGGUUUUGCUGAGCAAUAUUUUAGAUCAAAAUGUAAGGUUGAAAGAGAUUCUGCCAACUCAAAUCAGUGGGAGCCAUCAGUCAAGGAAAUUGGGGAUGAAUAUAAUCGGAUUGUGAAAAGUCCUUCUGAAGAAAUAGAGGUGUUACAUUGUGACAAUUUGGAUACUAGAUCUUUUGGCAGUGGAUUUCCAACAGUAUCUAAUCCUCUGGAGAUGUUCAAUUGUUCUGAGUAUCUUACUUCAGGCUGGAACCUAAAUAAUGUACCUAAGCUUCCUGGUUCUCUUCUUUCUUUUGAAAGUGACCAGACUUCCAGUAUAUCAGUGCCUAGGCUGCACAUAGGAAUGCUCUUUUCAUCCUUUCGUUGGAAAGUUGAAGAACACCACUUGUAUGCACUCUAUUAUGUGCAUUUGGGUGAACCUAAAGUAUGGUAUGCCAUCCCUUGGAGAUAUUCCUUUGAAUUUGAGGCUGCUGUGAGGAAAUACAAUCUGGAUUUGUUAAUUAAACAGCCUAAGGGCCCUGGAUUAUCCCCUUUCAUCUUGAAGUCUGAGGGUGUACCUGUCUGCCACUGCAUUCAGCAUCCUAGGGAGUUUGUUCUGGUUUUUCCAGGAAGUUGUCAUUCUGGAUUUAAUUGUGGGUUUAAUUGCGUUGAAGCGGUAAAUUUUGCUCCUCUUGAUUGGUUGCCUCAUGGGCAGAAUGCUGUAGAAUUCUAUCGAGAACAGGAAAGAAUUACAUCGAUUUCUCAUGAUAAGUUGUUGAUAAGUGCUGCCAGAGAAGCUGUGAGAGCACAGUGGGAACUCUCAUUAUUAAAGAAGAACACAUCAGAUAAUUUAAGAUGGAAAGAUGCCUGCGGAGAGGACGGGGCCUUAGCUAAAGCACUCAAAUCUCGUGUCAUGUGGGAAGGCAAUAGAAGGAAAUAUCUCUGCAUCUCUUCUCAAUCACUGAGGAUGGAUGCAAACUUUGACGCUAUCAGCAAACAGGAAUGCAGUAUAUGUUUAUGUGACUUGCAUCUUUCAGCAGCAUUCUGUCGAUGUUCUGCAAAUACAUAUUCAUGUCUAAUUCAUGCAAAGCAGCUUUGUUUUUGUCCUUGGACAGAGAGGAUUUUCCUAUAUCGUUACAACAUCAGCGAGUUAAAUACUCUUGUUGAAGCAUUGGAGGGAAAACUAAGUGCAGUUUAUAGAUGGGCUAGAGAGGAUCUUAAUUUGACAUUGCAUUCCACCUCCAAAGAUGGUUCAGACACAAACCCCCACCCAAAAGAACAGGAGAAGAAAGUGUACAAGUUUCCAGAUUCAUCAAUUUCUAUUAGCAAUGAAUGGAGCACAGUUGAUUCCAUUCGGGCAGAAAUAAAGACACGGGUACUCCAAUCAAAUGCAUCAAAACAGAAGAACAAAGGUUCAUCAUCAAAGGAACUGAAAUCAAAAGACAACACUGUAUCAUCUACAAUCGUUUCGGGCGAGGCUCUGGAUAACACAUCCUUUCUACAUGCUUCAAGUGCAAGCAUCUCGGUGUCAUCAGAAUCAGAGUCAUCAGAUUUUGAUCUUGACUGUCAUGUUGGAGACGUAAUAGGAUGCUUCUUCCCAAAUCCCAUUUCAAACCCUUCUCCUCAUCCUCAAAAAGAAGUCUCGUUGUCUCAAUUUCUCCAAGGUGAUACUAUAAAGCACAAGAAAGCAAGACUUUCUAAGUCAAAGAAACGAAGAAGACUGUCUUAGUAAUGCAAUUGAUCUCAGGCAAUGAGGCUGAGAACAAUACUUGAUGUAUCUACCGAAAACAAGUGUAUAUUUCUUUUAUAGCUUGAUAAUAGUCGGUUUUUUACCUUUUUCUCUUUUUUUUUUUCUUUUUUUUCUAGAUUAAGAAUUUGGGAACAAUUGUGUUCCCUUAAGAAAGAAUAGAAGAGAAAGAGAGACAUGUCUGAUAGGAUAUACAAUAUGGUUAGAGUUUAAAAAAAUAAUAAUAGUAUU